CCCGCGCCUGCGCGAUACGGACAGAGCCAUUGCCCUGUGUCUCUCGAUUGGUAUCUCAUUUUCGAUUGCCGAAAACAGGGAGCAAUAAAUUGCUAAAAUGUCGGCGUGGAGACAAGCUGGAUUAAAUUACAUCAAUUACUCGCAAAUUGCUGCGAAACUCGUUCGCCAGGCACUCAAGGCUGAGUUUCGGGCUGCUGCUGCCAAGCGAGAGGAGUCUAGUGUUAAGUUCACUUCAUGGAAGGAUGGAAAGCCUAUCACUGAGAGAUCUUAACGAUAUCGAUCGAUGAUUAGGCCACAUAAUCUAACACCACCCACAGAUCGUAGAAUUACUCUCCAUCAAGAACACCAUGAAAAUUCAAUCUUUAAAUCGUCAUCUCACGACAGGACAAUGGGCUUUGCAGUGAACUGUAAUGAUAAGAAAUAUCUUUGAAGUCAUGUAAAAAUAAUUGUUAUCAAUAAAGUGAAUUAGCAAAAGUCAAACUCA